AUGGAGUACACUAGACCGAGCCGGAGCGACGUUCACCUGAGCCGGGAUGAGGCGGAGAUGGCGGAGGCCGCUGCCCGUCGCUAUUUCGACGGUGCCGCUCCCAAACGGCACACCAAACUCCAGUGCGGCGAGUAUUCUUCUGCUUAUGCUGACGCGAUUUCUUCCGACGAUGGCGUCAUACCCGAGCACGUUCACUUCCAAUUUCCUGAAAAGGACAAUAGAAGGUGGUGUACAGUGGAGGCAAAGCUGCAGAGGAAUUUACUGAAACAGAAUACUACAAGGAUCUCAAUGGUGUUGACAAGCAGCAUCACACAGUAG